AUGUCUCUUCUUGGUGGUCUGAAAUUCCCCGAGGUUCUGUGGCGUAUCGUUAAUGAUGACCAGUUUAUGUCCAUCGGCUGGUCGGAGGAAGGGACUAGCGUUGUUGUCCGUGAGCAGGACUUCAUAGAAGAGGUUCUAGAGGCUGAGGACGAGAAGAAAGUAUUCCAGACGAAUUCUUUUGCCAGCUUCAUCAGAAAUCUCAAUUUCUACGGCUUUGCCUGUCGCCGGAUCGCCACAGAGAACGAGACGGCUAUCCACUCGUGCUUCUGUCCGUACUUCCAGCGGGAUCGCCCCGAGCUGCGGUCCCGUGUCUCCCGCGGACCCAACUCACGGCGAUGGAUGGCGCUUUUCGAGGCCGAUGGAAAACCCAAAGAGGGUGUGAAGGGGUUAUUGGAGGACCUGACAAACAACGGGAACAAGAGAAGAAGCUUGUUCACUAACGUGAAGCGGGAUGAGGAGUUAGCAGCCAAGUUUGUGCGGAUCGCUCCCAAACCCUCUGCUUCUGCUGCCCUCCUCCUCGGAGAACACAACAUCGGCGACACGGUUCUCCGAGAACCGCCCAUUCAACCCCGCCGCUUGUCUUCUCUUCGUCCUCCAAGCCCGUCACUCAAAAAGCUCGUCCACGACGCUCUUGAAAUCCCGACGACGCCACCAAUGAUGGCACAGCCUGUGGUAAUGAUGCCCCAGCAACAACAACAGAGCUCGCAGCCGGCUCAAAUCGUGUACAUGUUGCCUAUAGUUGUACCACAGAGUCCGGUAGAGAUGGCCACAACUGCUGUUCAAACCACGGCAACUUUAUCGACAGCAAUCAACUAUUUCAACAGCAAUGUCUUCACGCAGACAACAGUGCCAACUCAGAGAGAUCGUCCCAAAUCGUCAACAUCAAAGGAAGAUUUUCCCACUACGGAUAGACCAACCAUUUCUGAAGGUCAACUCGCGAAGACGUCGACGUAUGACGACGUCACGUUGCAGAUGACGUGCGAGGAUGACACCUCAACAGCUGCACCAGACAAGCUGACAGCCAGGCCCGGGAAAGUGGUCCGCAGAGCCACCAGAAACCAGGCGCGCACAGCCCGUGUCGUCAUGCAGUCCAUCGCUGAGGAGAACGGUCAGGAACUAUAG